GCCACUGUGGUGCCUUGGCUUGGCGUCACUGCCGGUGCGGUCGCGGGGCACUGUGGGUAGGACGGAGAUUAGGUCUUGCUGCUUCGAAAGAUGGCGGAUGCUUUUGGGGAUGAGCUUUUCACCGUGUUCGAAGACGAGUCAACGACUGAAGCCGGCACCAAGAAAGAGAAAGAAAAAGAGAAGGGAAAAUGGAGAGGACCGCCAGGGUCUGCAGAAAAGGGCGGGAAACAUUCUGAUGGUAAAUUACCAUCAGAGUCAACUAAUAGUGGGAAAAACAAGAGAGAGAUAGAUUUUGAAGGCACAGAUGAACCCAUUUUUGGAAAGAAGCCCAGGAUAGAAGAGUCAAUAACUGAAGAUCUCAGUUUGGCAGAUCUGAUGCCCAGGGUUAAGGUACAGUCUGUUGAAACUGUUGAAGGAUGUACACAUGAGGUUGCACUUCCUGCUGAUGAAGAUUAUUUACCACUUAAGCCUCGGAUUGGAAAAGCGGCAAAGGAAUACCCAUUUAUUCUUGAUGCUUUCCAAAGAGAAGCCAUUCAAUGUGUUGAUAAUAAUCAGUCUGUUUUAGUAUCUGCACAUACAUCAGCAGGAAAAACUGUAUGUGCUGAGUAUGCCAUUGCAUUGGCGCUAAGGGAAAAACAGCGUGUAAUAUUUACUAGCCCAAUUAAGGCUCUCAGUAAUCAGAAAUACCGUGAAAUGUAUGAAGAAUUUCAAGAUGUUGGUCUGAUGACUGGAGAUGUUACCAUUAAUCCUACAGCAUCUUGUCUAGUUAUGACUACAGAGAUUUUGAGAAGUAUGCUGUACAGAGGCUCUGAGGUUAUGCGAGAAGUUGCUUGGGUCAUAUUUGAUGAAAUUCAUUAUAUGAGAGAUUCAGAGCGUGGUGUAGUAUGGGAAGAAACUAUUAUUUUGCUUCCUGAUAAUGUCCACUAUGUCUUUCUUUCGGCUACUAUUCCAAAUGCCCGACAGUUUGCUGAAUGGAUUUGUCAUUUACAUAAACAGCCUUGUCAUGUAAUUUACACAGAUUAUCGGCCCACUCCAUUGCAGCACUACAUUUUCCCAGCAGGGGGAGAUGGCCUUCACCUUGUGGUUGAUGAAAAUGGUGACUUCCGAGAAGAUAAUUUUAAUACUGCCAUGCAAGUGCUUCGAGAUGCAGGAGAUUUGGCAAAAGGAGACCAGAAGGGGCGGAAAGGAGGAACCAAAGGACCAUCAAACGUGUUCAAGAUUGUGAAGAUGAUUAUGGAAAGAAAUUUUCAACCUGUAAUUAUUUUCAGUUUUAGUAAGAAAGAUUGUGAAGCUUAUGCUCUUCAGAUGACCAAAUUGGAUUUCAACACAGAUGAAGAAAAGAAGAUGGUUGAAGAAGUAUUUAGUAAUGCAAUUGACUGCUUGUCUGAUGAAGAUAAAAAGCUCCCUCAGGUUGAACAUGUACUUCCUCUUCUGAAGCGUGGGAUUGGUAUUCACCAUGGUGGUUUACUUCCUAUUUUGAAAGAAACUAUAGAAAUUCUCUUUUCUGAAGGAUUGAUAAAGGCCUUAUUUGCGACGGAGACUUUUGCUAUGGGAAUUAACAUGCCAGCUAGAACUGUUUUAUUUACAAAUGCCCGUAAAUUUGAUGGGAAAGAUUUCCGAUGGAUUUCAUCUGGUGAAUACAUUCAGAUGUCUGGUCGUGCCGGAAGAAGGGGAAUGGAUGACAGAGGAAUUGUAAUUCUUAUGGUAGAUGAAAAGAUGAGCCCAACAGUUGGAAAACAGCUGCUUAAGGGCUCAGCCGAUCCUCUCAAUAGUGCUUUCCAUUUGACCUACAACAUGGUUUUGAACUUACUACGUGUUGAAGAAAUUAACCCUGAGUAUAUGCUAGAAAAAUCCUUCUACCAGUUUCAGCAUUAUAGAGCAAUUCCAGGAGUAGUAGAGAAGGUUAAAAACUCAGAACAACAGUACAAUAAAAUAGUAAUUCCUAAUGAAGAAAGUGUAGUCAUCUAUUACAAGAUUAGACAGCAGCUUGCUAAAUUGGGUAAAGAAAUUGAAGAAUAUAUUCACAAACCAAAAUACUGCUUACCAUUUCUACAACCAGGUCGUUUGGUAAAGGUAAAGAAUGAAGGAGACGACUUUGGCUGGGGAGUAGUGGUGAAUUUCUCAAAAAAGUCAAAUGUUAAGCCUAAUUCUGGUGAACUGGAUCCUUUGUAUGUUGUAGAAGUGCUUUUACGCUGUAGCAAAGAGAGCUUGAAAAACUCAGCUACAGAGGCUGCAAAGCCAGCUAAGCCUGAUGAAAAAGGAGAGAUGCAGGUUGUCCCAGUUUUGGUGCAUCUCUUAUCUGCUAUCAGUAGUGUUAGACUUUACAUUCCUAAAGACCUUCGGCCUGUGGACAAUAGACAGAGCGUUUUAAAAUCAAUACAGGAAGUUCAGAAACGCUUUCCUGAUGGUGUUCCCCUGUUAGAUCCAAUUGAUGAUAUGGGCAUUCAAGAUCAAGGGCUGAAAAAAGUCAUUCAGAAAGUAGAGGCUUUUGAGCACCGAAUGUAUUCCCAUCCACUUCAUAAUGAUCCAAACUUGGAAACUGUGUACACACUUUGUGAAAAAAAAGCACAGAUUGCAAUAGAUAUUAAGUCUGCAAAGCGAGAAUUGAAGAAAGCAAGAACUGUUUUACAGAUGGAUGAGCUUAAAUGUCGCAAACGUGUUUUAAGAAGGUUGGGAUUUGCUACUUCUUCUGAUGUCAUAGAGAUGAAGGGACGAGUAGCUUGUGAGAUAAGCAGUGCUGAUGAGCUCCUUCUAACUGAGAUGAUGUUUAAUGGCCUUUUCAAUGACCUUUCUGCAGAGCAAGCAACAGCAUUGUUAAGUUGCUUUGUGUUUCAAGAGAAUUCUAGUGAGAUGCCCAAAUUAACAGAACAGUUAGCGGGACCACUUCGUCAGAUGCAGGAAUGUGCUAAAAGAAUUGCAAAAGUUUCAGCAGAAGCAAAAUUGGAAAUUGAUGAGGAAACUUAUCUAAGUUCAUUCAAGCCUCACUUAAUGGAUGUGGUGUACACCUGGGCAAUGGGAGCUACCUUUGCCCACAUCUGCAAAAUGACAGAUGUCUUUGAAGGCAGCAUCAUUCGCUGUAUGAGGCGCCUGGAAGAAUUGCUUCGACAGAUGUGUCAGGCUGCAAAAGCCAUUGGAAACACUGAGCUGGAAAACAAAUUUGCUGAAGGAAUCACCAAAAUCAAGAGAGAUAUUGUGUUUGCUGCCAGCCUCUACUUAUAAAUGACAGUAAGGAGAGGAGUCAACUUGCGUGAAAAAAACAGAUGUUCAAGCUUAAAGCAGAGGAUUGUAGAAAGCUGGCGCUUCAGCUGCAGGGCACGGAUGCUUUGUGAAAAGCGCAGCAGCUGCUUCUUAAUCUAAGCAGAUUCAACACUUGGGGUACUGUGAAGAGCUCCACUGUAGUGUUACAGGGUGCAUAAGGACCUGUUCAGAGUAAAACAGUAAAUCUGCGUUGCAUAGGGCCACAGCUGAAAAUAUUCAGAAGGUGUACACUUUGAUUUACAUAAAAGGUAUGUAUUUUUAAAAAUUUAAAUUCAGCAUCUGUGACACCACAUGAGCAUAGGAGGUAGGGCUUUGGCAAGUGAUUAGGUCAUGAGCCAAAGCCGUCAUGAAUGCAUCAGUGCUCUCGUGAGAGACCCAGGAGAGCACUCUUACUCCUCCCACGUGAGAAGACUGCAAGAGUCAGUUUGCAGCCAGCCGGAGGGGUCCUUGUCAGAACCGGAGUGUGCCACUGCACUGCUUGUACGUGUGGACUCCAGGCCAGCAGAAUAUAUUUUUGUUGUUCAUAAGCCAUCGUCUGUAGUGAUUGACUAAAGCAGCUCAAACUAAGACAGGAUGUAACAAUUUUGGGCUAAAAUUUCUGAAAAACAUUUAGCAUCCACUAAAGGCAUCUCACUGUUAAAAUUUGAUUUUGAAGCCGGUUUAUUUUUACUUUGCUCCUUGUUGGCUGAUCUUGUUAAUACUUAAUUAUAAAGUGCACUGUCUUACAGUUUCUUAAUAUUCUAUACUCUCAAUAUAAGGGCUUUCCCCCAACCCCACUGUAAAUGUCAAAGGGUCAGCUUGCAAGCUAAAAAUGGUUUCCACAUUUUUAAAAAGUUAUUCUUGAGCUGGAUGUAGCUCAGUGGUAGAGGGCUUGCCUAGUAUGUGGAAGGCCCCAGGUUCAGUCACCAGGACCACACACACAGUUACUUUUAAAAAGGAAGGAUAUAUGAUCUACAAAGUCUAAGUCUUCAUUAUCUGACAUUUUUUUGUGGACAAAUUGCUCAUCCCUGAGCUAGACUAACAGCAUGCUCAACACAGAAAUAGACCUUGGUCAACUUUGAAACACUGCUUCUAAGACCAACCCCAGCUACCUAAAUUGAUUGUCCCACCUACAUUUGAUAGCAAACUGUAAUGUAGGCCUCAGUUUACUCUUCUCUGGGCUUCACCAUCUUCAGGACUCGUGCAAUUCCUAAAUUUAGAUUUUGAUCCUAGGACCUCAGGAUUCUUGUGGUAUGUGGGUAAUAAGUUCUUCACUUGCCCAGUACUGGGCAUUAGUACACAAUUUAGGAAGCUUCUUCAUGAAAUAUUAGCAAUACUGGUACAGAAUCACUGCUAAGUGAGGAACUGUAUGAAUCCAAAUGUGUGAAAGAAAAGGCUUGGAUAGGUGAGUGACACCCUAAACUCAGAAGGGUAAGGCCCAAGGAGAGGACUUUUGUGGCAGGGAAGAGAGUAUAGGAGAGCGCCAGAAAGGAAAAUAUUUUCGUGCAUUCCUCACUCCUAUACCAUGACUGUUCUUUGAAUAAUCACAUAAAUUUGGAAUCUAUAUUUGACCAGACUUCAGGGAUGUCACCAAGUCUGUAAACUGGUUAUGUACAAGCAGCUCUGCCUUCACCCCCAGGAGCCCAGGUGCCUCUCACAAGUGCUGACUCCCUGGCACUGAGUUUGCAGGGCUGGGCUGCCUGCCAGAGGAGAAGCACAAUGGCCUGGGUGUUUGCUUUACGAGACAUUUUUAACUACAGGUUAAUUUGGGGGUGUCAAGAAUUCUUGAGGAUUUAAAUGACUACAUCUCCACCCAAAGCUGGGACUGACCCAUGAUGCCAGGAUGCCCAGGGAAAUGAGUCACUGCCUAAGGAAUUCGGAGAAGAGAGGUUAAUGUUGUACAUAAAUAUGGAAAGCAAGGAGAUGUCUGUGUAUUCAAGUUUGAAAUCAAAGCUGGGGCCUACAUCCUAAUCAAGUAAAUAUUUCCACUGCCUACAGUCAAUGAGAUGCAGUAGAGUUCCUCUUUUCCAGAAAGGCCGUGGUCUCUCUUAACAAACGUAUGUGUAUAGAGUUUUUCUCCUUACAAUUUAAAUGGCUCACGGUAACCCAAUUAGCAAAUUAUGGUUGAGCUCAUUUUCCCUGUGUGUGUAUUUCCAAGCUUGCUCUUCAUAGGCCCUGGCAUACCCACAGAGCCAGCCCGCCACUCAGGCGCUCUGUGUAGUCGUGCCGUCCUGUCUGCAUGAGGUUCCUAUUUCAAAAGCGUGCUCAAAACAAGUUUCUAUUUGAAUAUACAGAUGCAACAGAUGUUUUGAGAAGGAAAGAGAUGAAAGCAUGCUAAGAGAUGAAAGAUGGUAUACCUGAGGAAAAAAACAGUUGGUCAAAGUUAUGUGUCAGUCACCUUUUUACUGCCAGACCUGCAUCUGACCUUCAGAUAAACUGAGCUAGAGUGAAGUAAUCAUGAAAGCAAAGGCACCUGAUCGUCAGGAGUGGCCUACAGAGCUCACAGUAUUCCUUCCUAAACCCUUCUCCCUAUCUCACCUCUUUCUUCAUGAAGAUAUUCGAGUCAAAAGCAAAAACAGCGUAAAGUGCAGACCAUCAAUAUUAACCAAAGCAUAGAUUCCUCGGUCUCUGAUAAGAAAGCCACAGAUGAGUGAAUGACAACAAAAGGCCUGGGGUCUGGUUCUGGGCCUAUGAAGCCCAAAAGCUAUUCAGUAUAGUCACAAAUGUGUGCUUUGGAGACAGUUCCCAGGAUACUGGUGGCUCUCACCAUUACCUACCCUGUCCCUCCUCUCCUAGUGCCCUAACUAACUAGCUAAACAUACUUUUAGAAAGAACGCUAAGUUUCUGUAAAAAGGUAAAUGAAGUUAGGAUAGUAUUUGCUAUUAAUUACCUUGAAAUAACACAGUUCCCAUGGCACAUCAGGAACUUUUGAGUAUAUGUUUUAAAAAGGAAGCCCUAAAUUACAAAUCUGUACCCUUUUGCUUCCUCAGAAAAUUAAAUGAAUGUAAGAUGAAAGCCUUGCCAUUUACAGAAAUGUUGGAGAAGCCAAAAGUGAGUUUAUAAUGGUUUCGUGGAUUUGAAUUUCAUAUAACAUCUGCAAUUUUUACAUGGUUUUCACUUUGGGAAUUUGGUUUUUCAAAUAAAAGCAAGAUUUAGGUAAAGUUAAUUUAAAAUUCUCUCUGAAAAAAACUACCUCCCAUCAGUCUGCCCUUCAAAUUAUACUAUCAUGGAUUUUAAAAAUCUAAGCUUUAAAUAGUCAUAUGGUAUUUAAUGUGAUAAAUGAAAAAAAAAACAGGAAUCUGUAAAUUUACAUGGAAUACAACUAUAUAAAAAUCUACUUAUGAAGAAAAUUAAGAUACAGAAGUUAUAACUGAUCUGUUAGGGUAGAAAGCCCCAUGUUGAUAAUACACUAUACAGUAAAGUGUAUAAUUUUUUAAGUAAUUUAUAUUUAAAUAAAGGACAUUUAAAAAAUAAAAAAAUCAAUUAAAAGA